UACAGUCCACUUACAGUUCAACAGUGUAUCUCGUUUGCGACAAAAUCUAUUUUUUAAAAGUUUUCAAUAUUUGUUAUGCCGAAUAAGUUACCAAUUCACAUGGUAUGGAACAUUUAAAAUGAAGUUGCAAGAAAAUUAAUUGUCAGUGGUCUAUAUUUCUAGACAUUAGCGUCUAUGUAAGAGAACAAUGACAGUGGUUUCAAUUUCCAGUUAAAAGAUACAGUAUAUACUUUCAACAGAACUGGUACAUAUAGAAGGAACAUGGUUUAUCAGAUAAUUGGAGUAAUACUUGCUUUAUCCUUCACCUUAUCACCACUAGGAGCCAACAAAAAAUGUCUUGAAAAAGUGGACGUGCAAUACGGUGGAUUUCACGCCAACUGUUCUCACAUUAAAACUUCAAGAGUUCCAGAAGAUCUUCCUGAUAACACCACAACGUUAGAUCUAACCUUUAACAACAUUAAAACUCUGUAUAAUAAUGAUUUCAAAUAUCUGACUCAACUACGAUAUCUUGAUGUCAGCUUUAAUCCUAUUGAUACUUUACAAGAAUUCUCAUUUCAUGGACUUGGUUCAUUAUUAGUUUUAGAAUUCAAUGGACACAAUUUGAAUUAUACAGAAAUGUCCAUGCCCUUGGAAGUUUUUACCCCACUCAAAUCCCUGACAAAUUUAAGCCUCAGAUCUGACAUUUCACGUUUUCCAAACCGUCAAUUUAUUAUACCAGACCGAGUCGUGGGAUCCCUAACAAAACUAAAACAAUUAAAUAUUGAUAUGAGUUCCGAUUUUCAUUCUGGGUUUUCUAAUUUAACAGAACUUAAGGAACUCAUCGUUGGUGGAUUUUGGAAACACGGAAAAUGGUUUCAGUGUGAACUGUUCUUAUUAACAAAAACAACCUUCAGGGUCUUUUCUAAUAUCCCUGUUCAGCUAAUUCAACUAAAUAGCUGCAUAAUUAAAAGUUUCGAUGAAGACUUUCUUCGUCCAUUCCCCAAUUUGAAGACAUUGUUGCUUAAUAAUAUAACCAUGAAGAAUGGUAAUUUAUCUCGUGUGAUUCAAGUUCUUCAUGUGUUUGAAUAUAAGAAUAUGACUGAGAUCAGUAUUAAUCGAAUUAUAACAUUUUUACCCUACAUCGGAUUUAAUCGAAGAUUAGAUCUACAAUCACUGUCAAAGAUAUGCCUGGAGAAACUUGACUUGAGUCAAAACCUAAUUAACAUUGUAGAUUUUGAUGUUUUUUUUACCGCACCCUAUCCACCCUUGACCAGAUGUAUAAGAAGAUUUAAUGUUUCAGGUAAUCGUAUCACAGGUACAAUAAGUUUGCACCUUGCCCCAUUAAUAUUUGCAGCCACUUCUUUGCUGGAAGAAGCAGACUUAUCAGAUCAAAGGAAAUUCUCUUUUAACAAAUAUAUUAUUCGGGCAACACCAUCUGAUGCACAUCGUAAAUUUCCAGAACCAAUACCAAUUUUUAUCUCCAGGAAAUUGAGAUAUUUAAACGUAGCUGGAUUACCACAUGAAAUUGGAGAAUUGGAAGUUGAUGUUGAGUUUAUUUUCGCGAAUAAUUUAGAAUAUUUGAAUAUGUCUUAUUGUGGACUGUACAACGCGAAACGUAAAGUAUUUGGACUAGGUAAUUUAGACAUUUUGGAUAUUAGUGGUAAUUCUCUAAGAAUUAUAAAUGUGACAUUUUUUGACGAGUUUCCGAAUCUAAGGACAUUGCGUGUGAGUAACGCCCUGUUAGAUAACGAUUUUCUUGCUCAGAAUGGUCGUAGAUUUUUCAGUCCCUUAAAAAAGUUGGAAAAUCUGGAUCUGUCUAGUAAUGGUCUCGUGUAUUUACCUAACGAUUUAUUUAACUCAAUGGUCACAUUGAAAGUACUAAAUUUAGCCAACAAUAACCUUAUAACUAUACCAGACGUAACCCAGUUGGUUAAACUAAACUCACUGUAUCUUAACCAUAAUGCAAUAACUACCUUAAGCCACCAAACUAGAGACAUGUUAGAGAAAACCAACGAAAACAACAAGAAGUUCAAGUUACAUCUUUGGGGAAAUACAUUCACUUGCACCUGUGAGGAGAUUCCAUUUUUACGUUGGGUAGAGGAAACCGACGUUGAUUUGGAUGGUAGCGAUUAUUCUUGUGUUGAGUCAUCAGGAAUACUGACCUUCACUAAAGCCGUUUAUAACCAAUGGACAACCUUCAACCGAAAUUGUGUUUCGUCCUUUUUGUUGAAUUUAACUAUUGGGGGAUUCGGUAUUAUCACUCUUACUCUCAUAGUAGCCUUCGUCUUCAUUAAAAACAAAAUGAAACUUAAGUUAUUGCUUUUAAGGAUGAUUGGAAAAAAUAUUUACCCAAAGAAAAGAGAUGAUUUUGUGUAUGACGCAUUUAUAAUAUACACGGACUCUAUCUCCGGUUGGGUUUGUAAUGAACUGAGAAAUGAACUGGAAACAAAUCGAGGAAUCAAACUGAACCUUCGUGAUAGAGAUCACAUACCUGGUGGUUCUCAAGCCGAUGACUUGUUAGAAGCUAUACGUGACAGUUGGAAGAUUGUUUUAAUCUUAACCGAAGAAUUUUUGAGAAGUGAUCUAGCCUAUUUUGCCAUGUGUAACUGUUUAUCGUCAGUAACACUGACAACACCCCAGAGAUUAAUCGUUUUAAUUGAUCAUCAGACAAAUAUUACAGCUAAUCUCGAUUUUCUUCUUGAAGCUGUUAAUGAGGAUAGCAUUCUAUACGUAGAUCUUCAGCAUCCGUUAACUAUUGCUUUCUGGGACAGGAUAUCCAAUGUCAUUAAAUCAAAGGAAGGUAUAAACAUAUAGCGUAAAAUAAAAACAGUUUAUUUGCCGUCUCUUAAAGCCGUUGAUCAUUAGUUGUAUUUUUCACACAUUAUCUAAAGUUUCACGUUGUAAACAACGCUAAAAUGUUCUCACAUUUCUUUCAAAUCAGGUAAUCGCCCGGCUUGGAUUCAGUCGGAUCAUCCAAAGAUUUUACCCAACGCUUAUAGGUGUUUACAUCGACCACAGAGGAUGCCGAAUAUUGUGAAAUGUUCAACUCACCAAAUCGUUUUAAAUCCUGAGCGGACAAAACCUUUUUGGUUCGGUAUUUCUUUUAGAGAUUCAAAAUCCCCCAAAUGACGUUCAUCCGUUUUACUGCUCAUAUUUUACAAUUGUUUAUAUAGCAUUCAAAACGCUUAUGAUUUUUGCUUGGCAAACUGCAUGUUAUAAUAUGCUACACGCUUAUAAUUAAACAAUACACAAAGUUUGGAGGUGUCCACUUCACUGAAUGUAUCAAGAUAAAUGUAGUCCCCUGACAAUUUCUGGUGAAAUAAAAAUUAAAUUUUA